AUGAAGAAGGAGAAAGGUAAAGACAAGAAGGAAGUGAGGAAGUCUAUUUCUCUAAAGACUUCAAGAUCAAAGUCCUCAAACAAUGUGCAAAGUGAUUGUGAAACAAGAAGUGACAAUGAUUCUGAUGAUGAAGAUAAGAAGUUGUUCGUCAAAAGGUACAAUAGAUACAUAUGGAAAAAUGGAGUCAAGCAUUCCGACCUCGAUGAUAAAGAGAUUGGUUUAUUUGUCAGAAGAUACCAAAGGUAUAUUAAGAAGAAUGGAGUCAACCACUAUGACAAGAACUUAACCAAGUUUGUAAGGGUAGCAAAAGCCUCAAGAGAAGAUGAGAACAAGAAAGGUAAACUUAGAAUUUCGUGCUAUAACUACGGAGAAUUUGGUCAUUAUAGACUGGAAUGUCCUAAGAUUAAUAAAGACAGAGAGAAUGGCCAUCACAAGAAGUCUAGCAAGUCUAGCAGAGCAUAUGGUAUUUGGGAGAGCGUAAGUGAUUCCUCAAGUGAUGAAAGCUCCACUUCAAGUGUAGAAUCGGCUCGGAUUUGCCUCAUGGAAAAUAGAAAGAAGAAGAAAAAUGUAAGUCUUUCUAAGCUUGAAACUAUUAAUGACUUAUCUUAUCUUCAAUUACAAAAUAUCGUUGAAGAUCUUCAUAGAGAGGCCUUAAAAGCCUUUAAUAAAUUAGCUUCACAUGAAAAAGUCUUUUUACACUAA